AUGAUUUUAUUCUAUGAAAUGGUCCAUUUCAUUUUAUUUGCCUCAGUUUCUGGUGGUAAGUGGACCUUGAUCUUUAGAAUGUUAUGUUUUAAAAAAAACAGGUUUACUUGCAUCCUGAAAGACAGUGUUACAGAAACCCUGCCAAUGGUGAACAGGACAGGAGCAAUUUCUGGAUAUUCUUUCAAGCAGUGCUCACACCAAAUAAGUGCUUGCAAUAGAAAUGUUUAUGUGAACCUAGACAUGAAAGGCAUGAACUAUAACAGCUCUAUGACCAAGAGUGCUCAGGAAUGCCAAGAGAGGUGCACGAACGACAUGCACUGUCACUUUUUUACAUUUGCAACAAGGCACUUCCCAAGCGUACAGCAUCGUAACGUUUGCCUACUGAAGUACACCCAAACGGGGACGCCAACCAGCAUAACGAAGCUCGGGCACGUGGUGUCUGGAUUUUCACUGAAGUCCUGUGCACGUUCGAAUCUGGCUUGUAUUCGGGACAUUUUCCCUCAAACAGUGUUUGCAGACAGCAACAUUGACGGGGUCAUGGCUCCAGAUGCCUUUGUCUGUCGCAGCAUUUGUACUCACCACCCCAGUUGUUUGUUUUUCACCUUCUUUUCUCAAGAAUGGCCAACAGAAUCCGAAAGAAAUCUUUGUCUCCUUAAAACUUCUAAAAGUGGCUUGCCAAGCACGCGCAUUAGGAGGAACAAAGCUCUUUCUGGUUUUAGUCUACAGAGCUGCAGGCACAGCAUCCCAGUGUUCUGUCACUCUUCAUUCUACCACGACACUGACUUCUUGGGAGAAGAACUGGACAUUGUGGAUGUGCCUGGGCACGAAGCCUGCCAGAAAACAUGUACCAACACCAUCCGCUGCCAAUUUUUUACCUAUUCUCCAUCUCAACAAUCUUGCAAUGGAGAGGGGGGUAAAUGUUACUUAAAACUUUCUUCAAAUGGAUCUCCAACUAAAAUACUUCGUGGGAGAGGAAGCAUCUCUGGAUAUACAUUAAGGUUAUGUAAAAUGGAUAAUGCAUGUACCACCAAAAUUAAGCCCAGAAUUGUUGGAGGAACCGAGUCUGUUCAUGGUGAGUGGCCGUGGCAGAUCACUUUGCACAUUACCUCACCCACCCAGAGACACCUGUGUGGAGGCUCCAUCAUUGGAAACCAGUGGAUAUUAACAGCUGCUCACUGUUUCAACGAGGUAGAGUCACCGAAAGUGUUGCGUGUCUAUAGUGGCAUUUUAAAUCAAUCGGAAAUAAAAGAGGAUACAUCUUUCUUUGGGGUUCAAGAAAUAAUAAUUCAUGAUCAAUAUGAAAUGGCAGAAAGUGGAUAUGAUAUUGCCUUGCUGAAACUGGAAACGACAAUGAAUUACACAGAUUUUCAACGACCCAUAUGCCUACCUUCCAAAGGAGACAGAAAUGUAAUCUAUACUGAUUGCUGGGUGACUGGAUGGGGGUACAGAAAAUUAAGAGACAGAAUACAAAAUACUCUCCAGAAAGCCAAGAUACCCUUGGUGACAAACGAAGAGUGCCAGGCAGGAUACAGAGGGCAUAAAAUAACCAAGAAGAUGAUCUGUGCAGGCUAUAAAGAAGGAGGGAAGGAUGCUUGUAAGGGAGAUUCGGGGGGCCCCCUGUCCUGUAAACACAACGAGGUCUGGCAUUUGGUGGGCAUCACGAGCUGGGGUGAAGGCUGCGCCCAAAGGGAACGGCCAGGUGUUUACACCAAUGUGAUCGAGCACGUGGACUGGAUUUUGGAGAAAACGCAAGCAGCCUGAAGGAAUUUCUAGAUGCCACUCGACUCCCUGAAGGGUAAACCAGAUUAUUCCCUGGAAGGGGGUUUGGACUUCACUGAAGAAGACACUGCACCAUCCUUUUCCUCCACAGCCUACGGUACUGAGACUUUAAGAGACGGAAGGGCUUGGUAUUGGUGAGAACACACCAAAGGAAACAAACUGUCCUCAAAACUUCCAUCCCACCAUCAUCAGAGUGUGUUCUCAGCAUCCAGACUCUUGCUUUUUGGUUACACCUUUCCUGAGCCAAAGAAAUACUAUAAAGAUUAACUAUUUGAAGAUCAAAACAUAGCCAGAUAUUCUAGAAGAGAAUCACGUAGUGGCACCAAAAGAUGGGGUACAGCUGCUCAAGGACACCGCCGGGAAAAGAUUCGUUAACUGAAAAACGGGAGCUGGAGAAAACGGGACCAUGAACCGGCACCAUUCGAACGGCAAGGUUCUGUGCUCUAAGUGCCGUGAACACAGCUCCUUUGUGAAAGGAAGACCUUGAAUGAACUCAGUGGCAGGUUUUCAGAAUAAUCAAGAAUUCUUGUCCUUUCAUUUUUUAACAUUAAAAAAAAUGAGUUUGGGUAGCAAUAAGCUACGAGUGAGUGUGAAUGUGGACUCCAGAAUUUCUGUGCGGGGAAGGAUUAAAGGCAGUAAUUCACCUGGAACUGGUACCUUAGGGGACGAAUCUUAAAGCUAUACUUGCCUAGAAGACUAUUUGUGCACAGGUUAUAUACUUAUUUGGCAUCAUUCUGGGUAGGGGAGGCUGGCGAAGAUGAGGAGGGCAAGCAAAAGACUCCCCAAGAUGAGCUGCCACUGGGAGUGUGGGCUUAUGAAGCUACGUUUAUAGAUACUGAAUGUAUUGGACAGAAAUCGGCAUAAAGUCCACCUGCACUACGGGGGACAUGAUUUGGGAACAAAUGCACGGUUACAGCAGAGUCUUCAGCGUCUUUAAAGAAGCUCCCUGUAUUCUAAGUAGCGGGCUUUCUUCCUGAAGUGCUCCCUCUUCUAAUUGAGGUGACUUGCUAGCAUUAUACAUAUUUCUGUUCCUGGUUCCAGUCUUUUCUCUCCUGCUCCUCAGGGUGUGGCUCUAGUGUCCAAUCUACCUGUUCCUUUUGACUCUUUGCCUUCCCCCAAGUGUCACUGCACUGUGAUGAGACCGAUGGCAGGUAACACCUGGCACGUGGAUUCUGGGGACCCACAACUGUCAGAGGGAAGAGGCAUUAGUGGGCAUCACCACGGAAAGGAAGCCCGGGCUGCCAGGGGCCUCUCCCAGCUCCCCUGCGAGUCAGAACAAGAGCUGAGCCUAGAAAACCCAGGUCUCCUAACCACCGGUCCCAGUUCUCCAGGGGCCUUAACCCGGAAGGGAAGGUGAUGCCUGAGUUAGACGGAAGGGCGGCCCCUCUGUCAGGCCAUGUGUUUCUCUUGGCUGCUACAUACACGUUAGAAGGAGCCGCCGCCCUUACGACCUAACAGGCGUUUUCCAUUCAGCUGCUGUUCAGUCUGUGCUCACAGCGCUGACCUUGAAGGCAGCUGCCAUACUCGGAGCCCGGAUCUGUGCGUUCUCCCCAGAUUCGCCUAGACUCCGGCAGCUUCUCGGACAGUGUCGGGGAACAGUGUGCGCUGAAGUAAGGGAGGGGCCCCUUGAGCAGCCUUUUAAACAAUCCCACGGAGGGCAUGACCAUAAGGAAAUCAUUUCCAUCACUGUCAUUUCAUUCUAUCCAAGAAGAGUUAAGGUGGACAUUCUGGAGUUGAGUGGACAGCUUGUUAAGUGGCUAUCCUAGACUUAAAAUUUAGUGGGCCCACCAGUCAGCGACGAGCGUUGUUAAUAACAAUAGAAACAUCCCACUGACUAACAGGAACAGGCAUGCAGGUAAGACCGCCACAGACGCACCUCCCGGGCGGGCCUGAGAUGUGCCUCACUCCUCGCUAUACCUCAUCCCCCUUGUUACCACCACGCAAGAUGAGGUACCAUUAUUCCCAUUAUAACACAGUAUCCCGUUAUUGUUUUUCCAGAGGGGAAAAAAAAAGAUAGAACAUCUUGAAAUUAUUUUCCACUCAAUUCUCCACUUCUCCUCUAGAUGGCGCUUCAAUACCUCCUUUUGCCACAUUUUAAACCAUAGCAUCUGAAUGCACUUAAUUUAUAAUACAUGUAAACAAAUUUUUAUGUAUAUGCAAUAUCUGGAAACACUAAAUCAAAUCAACUGCUUUGCUUGAGUAGGGAGGAUAUAGGUCAGUGGUAGAGUGUGUACUUGGCAUGCAAGAGAUCCUGGGUUUAAUCCCUAGUACUUCCAUUAAAUAAACAAAUAAAUAACUCUACCUCCUUAAAAAACAAACAAACAAAAAAAACCCCAAUAAAUUUGUUUGACUUUUCAAAUGUAAUUGUUGGAAAUAUCUAGUCCCUAGACAGAAGUUUUGUCUUGAAAUCACAUGCUCUAGACUCCCCCAGCUUUAGAGAUUUCACCUCCGCUUAGUGAUGAGGUGAAGGAGGCCCCAGCGGUGGGUGACAGUGGGUCAUGGAUCCCAAGCUGUGUCUCCAAAGAUCUCUAGGGCUCAGAGGGCAUGCUCACCUAUUUUCCACCAACCCAUUCCCGUGGCCACUUGCCAUCUUGCUGAGUCACAUGGCUCGGGACUUUUUGUCAUCUCUUUGUGGUUUCCUUUGAGCUGCUAGCCCUCCUCCCCCUUCCUACCACCGCCCCACAACCUCUAGUCACUCCCUGCUCCUUCUCCACCACGUGAACAGAAUCCCCUCCCCUGAUCACUAGAGAGUAUCGCAAAGAUCACAUUGCAAUAUUUAAAACAAACAAGCAAGAAAAAACUUUUCAAUUCUGAAGGCUUGGUGGUAGGAGAAAAAAAGAAAAAACGUACCUCCCCUCUAAACACACACACGCCACACGUUCCGAAGUGGAUAUGGACACGAUAACGCCAAAGCUCCGUGAGUCAAGCCCCCUCACAGAGGCUUCGCGCUGGCUGUGUGCCCCCCUGGCUCCCAGCUUGCAGAGACCAGCUGGCUUGGGGCUGAAGCUUAUUCUUAUUUCAUGACUUUGACAAUGAAAGUCUCUUAGGGGCAGAACAUCCAUCAAUAUUCGGGUUUGUCCACUACACAUGGACGGAGAGAAGGCCAGAGGUACAAAUCUUCCCUGACUCGUGGGCAGUGUCUUAAUACGUUGGCCAGCUGGCUAGGGGCUUGAAAAUUUUUUUUUAAACUGAUGGGAAGAAAGUCUAGGGAGGAUGGAUGUAGGCUGCCAGUCUUGGAAAGGGCAGUGUAAAGCAUCAGAGCUUCCACGACGCACAACAAGAUGCGCAGUUACUCCGUGCACUGAAGACUGAUUCCGGACUCCAGUGUCUAGAACUGAGACAUUUCUUGAAACCUCAAAAUGUCAUGCCUCUCUUGGUCCCCAGUUAGCCUGUCUUCAAUUUGUGGGCCUCAAGUUUUCAAACAUUACUGUAGUUCAGUCUUAGCUGGAGCCCCCAUAACAAAAUUGUAAUUCCCACUAACCAGAGAUACUCAGGUGUUGGUGAGGUCAAGUUGUGCAGAGCGUCUGAAAACUUCCUAGGCUCCAUCUUUAUCUGGCUCCCUUAAAGCUCUUCAGAAUCUUCUGGCCCCCGGCUGUGCCUGGACGUUGCAGGGACGGGCUUGACACGCCUCCCCAGUUCAUCCACUACACCGUUAAACUAGAAUCGCCACCUUCUGUGGAAUUUGAAAAAACAGGUCCCUUCAGGAGGUCAGUCCAGAUGACGCCCCUCUGCAAAGAGGUGCCUGCUGGACAGGUGUCUGAGUGCCAUACAUUUGAGGAAGAAAUGAGACCUUAGGAAGUCAUAUUGUAUUCAAACGUAAGCCAUUAAGCUGUUUAUCUAAGGAGAAGAGUACAGCCUGUUAGAAUACAGAGCAAACUUUUACAUACAAGUGUUAUUUCAGAGUGGAUUUCGGCUCAAGUGCUCCUCUCCAGUUACCUCAGGGCAAUAAGCUACAAAGCAGAAGACUCAAGAUGUAAUUACCAAAUACGUUCAGGACUCCUAGAGACAAGCUAACCAAACGAACUCUCCUGCCCACUAUCCAAUUCGUCCCGGAAUAACCAUUACAAUUGAUUUUGAGGCUUGUAACGAUCAUAUUUUAGUACUGUAGGCAAGAGAUGGGAAAGAAACUUUUAAAACACAAUUGUUAGUUGUAUAAACGAGCCAUGUUAAAUGAUGUUUCAUCAGGAGAACUUAUUCAAAUGUUAUUAUAUUUCAGGUAUUUCAAUUUUUCCUUUAAGAAACAAUAGGUGAAUCUAAAAUAUACUCAUUCAUGAAUUUUAAAACAAAUAUCAACUUCUGUAAAGAUUUUUUUUGUUAAUGUACACCUAAAAAUGUGGUUACCUCACUAGCAGUGGAUCAAGUCAUGUAAAAUGCCUGUUAAAUAUUUAUUAUGUGUUUAAUGCUGAAAAGCUUUCUGUUUUUAACUAGUGAAAGCUUUUGCCUAUGUUCACACUCAAAUGAUCAAGAAUAACCAUUUAACAGUCUUUUAAAUAUUUAGACAUUUUAAUGGUAUUUUCCGACUGUAAAUACAGGAUACAUUUCUUGAAGAAACUUGUAAAAUACACCA